UCGAAUUCAAUAAUAAUAUUUAUUAAUUCUUUUGAUAAUGGAAAAUCCUGAACCAAUUGCUGCUACAAUUUCACAUCCACUGACGAAGUCCACUAGUGCAUUACAAAUAGCAUCACCAAGUGGUCAUCAAGUUCAACAAGUUCCUUUACAAAAUGUAGUUGUUCAUCCGUCAAUAAUUCUGAGUGAUGAAACCUCGAGCUCUGAAUUCUCAGAUUUUGAACUUGAAAGUCAAACAACUCUUGGAGGCUGUGUCGGUAACGAUGGACGAUUUCAACCAUUGGCAUUGCCACCAAAUUUUUUCACAAAUCAAAAGCUAUUCAAAAGUAAUCUUCCUAACCCUUCUACUCCCGGUAGCAGUUGUCACGCAUCAUCAUCAGCAUCAUCACAAAGGUCACUUUUAGCCGUAAAAACUGUGCACAGUGAACGACAAAAUUAUUGGAAAAUUAAUUUCUUUCUAAUACUCCUCCCACUAAUUGUCUGCGGAUUGCCAGUGCACCUCUUACUCGGUGGACGUCGCAGAAUUAGCGGCACGAAAGAAUGGCUGAAGCAAAUAUUUCUAAAAGACCCAAUUUGUAUCCGAAUUAUAACGGUCUGUUUCUUCCUCUUUGGACUUGGCGUGAACGGACUUUUCAUAUACAUUGCAGGAGGUUUAUUAUACAGCUUGACCAUAAAGGGUGAAGUUCGUUCCAGCAUUUUUGAAGAUGUUAUAAAUAUUGUUAGAGUGGCCCCAGUCGUAAUACCCAUUGAUAUAAUAUGGAUUUGCGGAUAUUCCGUGCGCAAAUUACUAAUUUCCUUUGACCGAGUAACUUAUCCCGAAAUUGAGGUGGAAUGGAAAAUAGACUACGGAAAAAUGUCAAAGAAGAAGAAGAAACCUGACAAAGCGUGGAAGAAUGGAUGGAGAAGCAUGACAUCUUAUAGAAUCAGGCUUGUAGCCGUCUACUUUAUCGUUAUCUUCAACCAGCUAGUCCACGCCUUAAUUACAUUCGAAACUACCAAAGAUGUUACGGAUUCAUCCCGGAUUUUUGACACCUGGGUGUCCUUCGCCCUGAACUUUAUGUACAAUCUCAUGCUUCCAAUCCAUAUGUGUCUGGCUUGGGCGAUUGAUUGGGAAUUUCAGAGACUCUCCCUGUAUAUCAAAUCCUUAAUUGCGUGCAAAAUUCAUCCCACCUUUGAAUACCUAGCGCAGUUUAAAAAGUACUAUAAAUCCGUAGGGAAUCAUGUCAUGUCAGUAAAUGAUAUUUGCGGUGGCUACUAUUCCUGGGUGCUAUUAUACCUCUUCCUAUCGAUGUACAAUGAGGUCUAUGGCGUGAUUCAGGUCAUCAUCACCUCCUUCAUCAGCUACAUUCUCGGAACUGUUUCAAACGGGACGGACUUGCCAAAAGCGAAUGUUCGCCUCUUUGUCGGCAACGUUUUUGGGGGAUUUUCGCAAGUGUUACUGAUUGCCCUGACAGUUUGGUUCUGCAUCUCGGCAAAUGACUCGGCGAGACAUUUACACGUACGGCUCAAUGAUUUCGUCUCCGAGCCCUAUGUCGUAUUAACACCAGAGUUGUACAAAAAGUUUCGUAUGCUAAAAUACUACAUACACUCAAGAAUGGAGACUGAGCGUCCAGCCCUGUUGACCAUCCCAAUCGUCGGGGCUUCGCCAUAUUGCUCUUCUCUCUACAACUGGAAACUUGCUUAUCGUGUUCGACAUUGAUGACCGGGCAACAAUAAAAAAUUGUAGUUUGUUAUCCAUCCAAUGUAUACAUACAUAUAUUUAUUAAGUGCUUAUUUUCGUUCCUUAUUUUUGUACAAUUCAUUAAACAAUAACUUUACUGCAGGCAGUAUUUCAAACUCUAUGUACAUGCAUUUGAACCACGUCAAACGAGAAUACAAUAAAAAUAAUGCAUUGUUCAGUU